UAGUAAAUGCGUUUUCAUCAUCACUGAAAAUACUUCUCGACUUUCUAGUUAAAAACUGUAUCAAACUUAUGAGUUUUACUUUAAAAUAAUGUUUUCCAUUAGAAUUAUAUUCUUUUUAUUCGUAUUAAAUUCAUCAUUUUAUUUUACCUUCUCGGAAGGAAGUUCUUCCUACGAGUCUGAUAAUAGGCCAAUAUGUUUAACAGAUAUGGAUUUUAGCAACAUUAAAAAUCGAAUUGUUGGUGGAAGUGAUGCCGAUAAAAAUUCAUUUCGAUUUGCUGCUGGAUUGAUAACUUCGUCGAGUUACACGGGACGUAUUCGAACCGAUAGAGCAGCGUGUGCUGCCACAUUAAUUACCGAAAAACAUGUAAUGACGGCUAGCCAUUGUCUUUACGGUAAAGAACACUUGAUAUCGUCUAUGAGAUUGAAUAUUGGAGAUUACGAUACUUACGUUACUGACGAAGCCAGAAAUUAUAUUCGAGGAGUAAAAUCCAUACAUAUGCAUCCCAGAUACGUAGACGAAACUUUUAAUAAUGAUAUCUGCAUUUUAGAACUUGAUAAUCCCGUUCCUCUGCAGAGAUCAUCUGAUUUAAGAGCAGCAAUUUUACCUCCUCAAGAUUCGUCUCUUUCUCCUGGGACCAUCUGCACCGUUUGGGGUUGGGGAAGAUUAUCUUACGAUGGUCAAAGACCUAACAUAUUGCAGCAAGUGGACGUUCCCAUUACAUCGAGAGAAGAAUGUCAACGUCACUUAUCACAUGUAAUCACUUCUAACAUGAUUUGUGCUGGAGGAGAAGAAGGAAAAGAUGCUUGCCUUGGAGAUUCUGGAGGAUCGCUUCUGGUUCGAACUGAAAAUUACUAUGUUGCUAGCGGAAUUGUCUCGUUUGGGAAAAACUGUGCAUUACCGGGCGUGUCUGGUGUUUAUACGGAUGUAUCGAGAUAUAUCGAUUGGAUAUAUGAAAUGACUAGAAAUGCCGCUUGCAAACCUAGAAUAUUACCCAAGGAAAAAUAUCCUCAUUAAUUAAUAUAGAAAUUAAUAUAAUAAAUUUAAUACAUAAAAUUAAAAUUUUAAUUUUAUGCAUAUUUUUAAAUGACUUUUUAAAUAUAAAAAUUCGAUUACAGUAAUUGUAAUUGUAAUGUUAAUCCGAAAACUGUAGAACGUUUAAAAUAAAAAAUUAAUUGAAAUUUUUAAGCAUAAUAUUAUGCUAAAAAUAUUGUAUAAAAAAGUUUUCUGAUAACUUAAUUAUUUCAUGUAAAGAAAGCGUUAUCUUAUUCAAUUUCUGGAAUAAAAAUACAA